AUGAAGGUGUGGUGCGGCCUGCUGGUGGUGGCCGUGGUGCUGGAGUCGGCCCUGGCCUUGGACCUGGGCCUGAGCAGCCUGUUCGGCGGCAGCAGUGAUGCCGGGAAGGAGGCUGUAGCUGAGGCGGCAGAGGGCGCGGACGUCAGCCCCAGCGCCGGCGCGGCCGCCGACUCCGCGGAGGGCAAGCAGACUAUGGCGCCGCCGCUGCAGCUGCCGGGCCUGCCGCCGCUGCCGGGCAUCCCGGGCCUGCCGGCGCUGCCCACGCUGCCGCCGCUGCCCGUCACGCUGCCCUCGCUACCUGGCAUGCCGCCCAUACACCGCACCGAGACCGUCUACGCCACGCGCACCGUCUUCGUCGAGGUAACGAAGAAGGUGACGGAGCACCCAGUGUGUGUGACUAUGUACGGCGUCAAGCCGCCCUGCUUCGGACCGCACGAGCACGGCAAGUACCGCGAGAACGAAGACGACGAAGACGACUACCCGGAGGAGGGGCUCUACAUCAGCCCGUCUUCCGCCAAGAGGAUCACCGCCACAGCCGCUCCCGACUCUGGUCUGCAUUUCGAGUACCGCGAGGGUCGCAGUUCCGAACUGGACAGCACCGCGCUGGAGGGGAGCACCUCGCUGGAGGCGUCCGCGGGAGACGCCGAGAGCGAGCGCGAAGCGCGCUACCUGGAGUUCCGCCGCGCCACGCCGGCGCCCGAAGAGGUGGCCACGGCUCUGGAGGAGACAGCCCUCGCCCUGCCCUCCGAGAAGCAGCAGCGCGUGUUCAACAACCUGCUGCCCGCCGUCAUCGUCACGAGGAUACUCACUAAGACGCUCUGGGUGACCAAAGUGGAAAAGAUCAUCGACAAACACGUGACAGCCACUAUGGAAAUCAAAAACUGCGUACCUCCUGAUAGCAAGAUCCCGUUCUGCAAAAAGAGUGACAAGCCCAAACCGCCGCCACCUGUUCACAAACCCGAUCACUAUGACUAUGACCACUACGACCACAAUCCCAGUCAUGAUGAUCACAAACCUGACUACUAUGAUGACAAACCUGACCACUACGAUCACAAACCAGGUCCUUAUAACCAUAAACCAGCACCAUAUGAUCACAAAGCACCUUCUCAUCCUCCUCCAAAACCGGAUUACUAUGAGCACAAACCGCAUCACCCUCCUCCUCCUCCACCAAAACCGGAUUACUACGAUCACAAACCAGACUAUCCUCCUCCUCCCCCUCCAAAGCCAGAUUACUAUGAUCACAAACCAGACCAUCCUCCUCCUCCCCCUCCAAAGCCAGAUUACUACGAUCACAAACCAGACUAUCCUCCUCCUCCCCCUCCAAAGCCAGAUUACUAUGACCACAAACCGCACCAUCAUGCUCCACCUCCUCCUCCCUCAAAGCCAGAUUACUAUGACCACAAACCGCAUCCUCCUCCUCCUCCUCCUCCAGCAAAACCAGAUUACUAUGACCACAAACCCGACCAUCCUCCCCCUCCUCCUCCAAAGCCAGAUUACUAUGACCACAAACCGCAUCCUCCUCCUCCUCCUCCAGCAAAACCAGAUUACUAUGACCACAAACCCGACCAUCCUCCCCCUCCUCCUCCAAAGCCAGAUUACUAUGACCACAAACCGCAUCCUCCUCCUCCUCCUCCAGCAAAACCAGAUUACUAUGACCACAAACCCGACCAUCCUCCCCCUCCUCCUCCAAAGCCAGAUUACUAUGACCACAAACCGCAUCCUCCUCCUCCUCCUCCAGCAAAGCCAGAUUACUAUGACCACAAACCAGACCAUCCCCCACCUCCUCCUCCUCCAAAGCCAGAUUACUAUGACGACAAACCGCAUCCUCCUCCGCCUCCUCCUCCUCCUCCGCCUCCAAAGCCAGAUUACUAUGACCACAAACCAGACCAUCCUCCACCUCCUCCUCCUCCUUCUCCAAAGCCAGAUUACUAUGACCACAAACCAGACCAUGCUCCCCCUCCUCCUCCUCCUCCAAAGCCAGACUACUAUGACCAUAAACCGCAUCAUCCUCCUCCUCCUCCUCCACCAAAGCCAGAUCACUAUGACCACAAACCAAAGCCCCACCCCCCUCCACCUAAGCCAGAUUACUCUCCUCACCCACCUAAGCCAGACUACCUUCCAGCCCACUAUGACUACAAACCAGACCACCCUCCCCCUGCGCCUAAGCCAGACUAUCCUCCACAUCCUCCCAAGCCAGACUACCCUCCAAAACCAGCCCACUAUGAUCACAAACCUGCGUCCUCACCUCAUCCAGUCCCUCCACCUAAACCAGACCACUAUAAGCCAGUACAUGAAACGAAACCCGAACACUUUGAUUACAAGCCAGAUCAUCACGAAUACGACUAUCCUGAACCUUCACCAAAGCCUGUUCACGUUAAGCCUGUUUACGAUGACCAUGAUUAUGAUUAUGACCACAAACCAGCACAUCCUGACAGCAAGCCCGCUCAUCCUCAAUAUGAUCUUGAACAUGACUACAAGCCUGGCCACUACAAACAUUCUUAUCAUCACUUCAUUAAUGGAGACAACGAAACUGAAAAGCCAGAGCCGGUCUCGACACCACCAAAUGAGCAUGACGACGAAGAAUCACCACAUAAGCCACCACUGACAGAGGCCAUUCCUCCUCCUCCUACGACACCAUCUCCUUCAACUCCUCCAGUGAAAGCACCCUCUUCAGCCAAAGUGCAAUGA